CCCGCCCUGCCGUGGCACACGGCGGGGCGGGGGAGGAGGGGCCCGGGAGGCUCCUGCCCUCGCAGCACGAGGAAGUGACGCCUUCAGCGAGUCCCGAAGAGAAAGAAACAAAGUUUGCGUUUGUCAGUUGCUUCCUCGCCCUCUCCGCCCUUUCCCAGAGCUGUCUCCUGCCGCCGAGUUUCUUUUAGGUACUGCGACUAAGUGGACUUCAUUGUCAUCUGAACUGGAAAGGAUAGGCAUAGUACGAGGAGAGGGGGGAAGCACGCAAGGAAUGCACAGGGGGAGGUUCUUCCAUCUGGACUUGUAAUAAAUUGUUAUCGUUGGAACUGAGAAAGUGAGCCUUUUUGGUUCUCCCCCGACUUGGAGAUGGGUGUGUUGUAAUUCUGUUUUUAACGGGGAGAAAACUGAACCAUGAAUCUUCAAGCUCAACAGAAGUCUUCAAACAAGAGGGCUGGGAAACGGAUUGCUUAUUUUAAUGAGCAGGAUAUAGCUGUGCCAUCAAAAGAACUUCAGCACCAGCUUAAGGAAGGACAGUACUAUGGACAUGGAGGGAAUAUACCUACCUCCCAAGCUAUGGAAUUUACUAAUGCAGGGGUAUUACCUGGUGCACCCAACAAUGUUGCCUUGAUGAACUCAGUAUAUCCUCCAGAUAGGGCGGAGUCGAUGAUGAUGUCCCAGCCAGUGACUGCUGUCAAAUGGCAAAACUCCUUGAUGGGGAGCCGGUUGCCAGAUAGGUGUGAUUCCAAUUGGCAGCCGUCACCUGCAAUGUGGAACCACAACAUGGCCUAUGGGGGCCACCAGAAAGGCACCCAUCCCAGUGCUGGUGCCCCAGGGUUCUAUGGCCAUCCUGGCCCCCUGAAAAGAAGCCAGGAAAAGGGGGUGGUGGUUUCCCAGUUUGAACUUUAUGAGGAUGCUGUCCAGCAGAUGAUGUCCCAGAAAAUUCAGUUAGAACAGCAAGCAUUGGUCAGGCAGCAAGCACAAAUGAAUUCGUUCCAUCAGAUGCAGAAGCAGCAGCAGCAGCAGAGUCAGAGUCUACCUUUACAGCCUUUUCAGCUUGCAUUUGGUCACCAAGGCCAGAAGCAAGGUCUUCCUGAGUUGUUACAUGUCUUUCAAGAAGCCCCAACUUGUGGCCCAACCUUUACCACCCAGCAGAAACAGCUUCCUCAGUUGCAGUUGUUUGAAAACUUCUAUCCACAACAGCAGCAACAACAGGCUGCCACACAAGCCUUCAGCCUCCAGCAAGCUACUUCCAUAGCACAGCCUCACGUGGCAGCAGCAGCACCCCAGCAUCAUAUGAUGGCCCACCAGUUUCAGCAGACUGAGAGAAACCAAGAGCUAUUCAAGGCUCUAACAGAGCAGAACCAACAGACUGUGCUACCUCAGACCCAGUUGUCCUUUCCAAGGAGGUCACGGAGACUCUCCAAAGAAGGGAUUUUGCCAACAUCCUCUGCAGGAGAAGUAUUGGCUUCUAAGCCAGUGGCAGAACAAUCUAGCAAUCUGUUCCUGCACCACUGGCAAUCGCAGCAGCAGCAAGAGGUGCAGGUGCAGCAUCACCCUGAGAUACUGGGCCACAACAAGGGGAGCUAUCUGCAGCCCACAAGAAUGGAUCUUGGACAGAAGGAGACCCUGCUUAACAGCGAGAUGACCCAGCCUGAAACAGAGAAACCAGCUGCAUCACAGAAUGGCAGGGAUGAAGAGAAGCAGGUGGCAACAAGUGAAGAAAGCACACGGAGAGUGAGUGACUUUUCAAGUGUGAGAGGUGGUGUCAUUCAGAGCACCCGGAGAAGACGGCGUGUCUCUCAAGAGGCCAACUUGCUAACCUUGGCUCAAAAGGCUGUUGAGCUGGCUUCUCUCCAGGAUGUCAAGGAGUCGGAUACCUCAGAAGAGAAGAAGAGUGCUGCAGCAGCAGCAGAACCACCAGCAGCAAAAAGCGUUGUGGAAUUUGCCAGCUCUUCACCAGUCUCCAAAAGAGCACGGGAAGAUAGCAACCUUGUGCCUCUUAUCAUUCCUGUGUCUGUGCCAGUGAGGAAAGUUGAUUUGCAGGACUUUGGGAGGGAAAAAGGUGAAGAAGGGAAACUCCAGAGAGUCCAGGCAAAUGAUCGAGGUCCUUUUGAACGCAAGCCUUCUGUGAUUGUCACCCGAAGAAGGUCCAAUCGCAGUACCAACAUGGAAAACUCACUCCAGCCUGAAGAUGCUGUUCCAAAGGAUGAAGCAGAGAACUUUGCCCGGAAGCCGAAGCAGCGCCCCAGACCUGAGCCACUCUUCAUACCGCCAAAAGCUGGCACCUUCAUUGCCCCUCCAGUCUAUUCCAACAUCACUCCAUAUCAGAGUCACCUACGCUCACCUGUCCGCCUAGCAGAUCAUCCUUCUGACAGGAACUUUGAGCUACCUCCUUACACUCCACCACCAAUACUUAGCCCAGUGAGAGAAGGGUCUGGGCUCUAUUUUAAUGCCAUCCUCUCAUCUAGUGGCCACACAGUUCCACCUCCAGCAACUCCAAAAAGUGCUCACAGAACUCUACUCAGAUCUAAUAGUUCAGAAGUCACUCCUCCUGUCCUUUCAGUAAUGGGGGAAGCUACGCCAGUCAGCAUUGAACCGCGAAUCAAUGUGGGAACUCGGUUUCAAGCAGAAAUCCCACCCCUCCGAGACAGAGCUUUGGCAGCAGGUGAUAAACAUAAGGCAGACUUGGUGUGGUGCCCUUGGGGAGAUCUUGAGAUCAACAAGACUAAUCAAGAAAAUGUGGAAAAUCUGUUAGCUGCUGCCUGUUCAAGUAUUUUUCCUGGGGCUGGUACAAAUCAGGAGCUGGCACUGCACUUCUUGCAUGAAACAAAGGGAAAUGUUCUGGCUGCUUUGGGCAAACUGUUGCUGAAGGGGCCAGGGCGACCACCAGUCCACCCCUUGGCUGACUACCACUACACAGGAUCAGACAAGUGGAAAGUUGCAGAGAAGAAACUUUUCAACAAAGGCAUUGCAAUCUAUAAGAAAGACUUUUUCCUGGUCCAGAAACUUAUUAAAACCAAGACAGUGGCCCAAUGUGUGGAGUUCUACUACACAUACAAAAAACAAGUGAAAAUUGGUCGGAAUGGGACCUUAAUCUUUGGGGACAUUGAUGUUGCUAAUGAGAAGUCUGUGAAAGAUGAAGCUGAAAUUGAUAUUAAGAGCUCCCAUAGGUUUUCACGUGUUCUUCCUCCCAGAAGAGUCAUUUACAAUGAGGACCAUGGGCACAUGGAAGAAGAGAAUGAGGAGGAGGAAGAGGAGACUGAAGAGAAGGUGAUUAAGGAGGCAGAAGAGCUGGAUGACAGAAAAAAGAGUGCAGCAUUUCCCAAAGAUGCACAAACACUACAAGCCAAUGAAAUGGUCAGUGAGGUCAUCAGUUUAAGCAGCCAUGAGGCUAAUGCACCAGGAGAAGCCAGUGGUAGAACUGGAAGAAAGCCUAAAGAAGCAACAGUUAAGUUUCGGAAGACUCUUCCCCCAGGACAGAGGAGGAGGCGGAAACAGAAGAUAAAGCCAGACCUCACUGCUAAAAUGCAAAAUGAGGAAACGUUUCCAUGUAAAAAAUGUGGAAGGGUUUUCUACAAGGUGAAGAGUCGCAGUGCCCAUAUGAAAAGCCAUGCUGAACAGGAGAAGAAGGCAGCAGCACUCAAGCAGCAGGAGAGAGAGGCAGCAGCAGCAGCAGCGGUAGCAGCAGCCCGAAGCCAGGCACAGCAGGAGGAGAGCAGCGACAGCAGGAGCAGCAGUGGCAGCAGCAGUAGUGGCAGCUCCGAUGAGGACAGGGAGAUUUAGCGACAGGCCAGAAGAGGAGGGAGUAGCCAGGCUGGACCCAACAGGGCAGUGCAGGUCAAUACUCCAUGUGUUUGCUUCCUUUGCUGCACUUUCCUCGUUGGAACAGAGGUCUACCUGGCCUCAGUGUUGCCACUUCCUCAUCCCACAUGCUUCACCUCGAUUUGCCUGAACAAACCGAGUCAAACCAGUGGAUAAUGGAUCUGUGUGAACUUGAAUAUUCUUUUUUACAAAUAAGAUUUAUAUUUUAUUUAUGAAGAGACCCUGAGGUACUCAGUAGAAGUCAUCCAGAGUGGAAUUCAGUUCUCCGUCAGGUCAAUCAGACUUUUCCCUAUGUGCUUUCUCAGAUCUGUGUUGACAAGACCCUUUAUUAGAUCCCUAUAAAGCCUUCCAAACUUGAGCAGGAAGAAGGAUAUUCUGCUCAGAGACGUACAGCAUUUAGUUACUGUGAUGCUGGCAGUGGAUAGAGCUUGCCUUCCACAGCAGAUCCUCUUUUCUGUCAUUUCUCUUCCUGCUUUCUGCCAGGGGUGUUCUCCACACUCUCUGCUGGCUUUGCUGAAUGAGACAUGGCUUAGUGAAACAGGUGCAAAAAGAGAAGGCAAAGCCCCGCCCUCUCCUGGAGAGAGAGCAUUUUUUAUUUUUCUGUAGCAGGUGAGAUACCUGCUGGGUUUUUGGGGGUUUAUUUUUUGUGGGGGGAGGGAAUCUGUGCCAUAAAAAGUCCUGCAAUGGAUGCGAAGCAUCCUGUGGGAUGAGAGCAGCAGUGCAGCUCAAAGGUCCUGCUACGUUGCAUAUAGAAAACAAAGCAAUUGAUCUCAGCUCACUUUUUUUGAAAAAUCUGGUUCCCCACACAUAUCAAGUUGAAAGUGGUGGGUGACCUUUUGAGCUUUAACUUGUUACAGAGGCAGUGAGGUUGUUCUAAUGAGGCUUGAACCAAGAUCCCAGUGUUUUCAUGGAUGGACUUUGGUCUCCUGAUGUUUCCUUAAUCUCCUACCCCAGAUGCUCCUUUCCUUCUCCUGGUGGCCUUCCCCUAUUCUUUUGUGUGGUCUACAAAUGGCCAUCCCUUAGAUUAUGCUCCAGGAGUAGUGAGAUUUUAAAUGCUUUAUUUAUAUAAAUAUCCUCAAAGGGAAUAUUCAUUUAAAAGAGAUGUGGCACCAUGUACUGUAGGAAUGUCCUUCUCUUUAUUCCCAUGCAGUAGUUGGACAGCGGAGCUUGUUGGGCUCUCCUGUCAUGACCCCCUCUUCUGGUGAAAUGCAUUCUCUUUUGCAGAGCUGCAGAAGAGCCACUAGAUUUGUGUAGAUCCCCAAUAUCAAAUGGGGGCCAACAAGCCUGGUGUUGCAACAGAAGUUAAAGAAGGCAAAACACAGGUCAUUUGACAUGAAUGUUAAUAUUGCACAGGAUUUCUCCAAAUGUUAUACAUAUUCGACUUAUCAUUUUAUGUCAUAAAACUGUAUGAACCUAGGUGUUUUCUUGGGCUGCAUACAGAAUUGUCUUCUGGACACUGCAGAGGAAUGUAAUUGUUGCUUUUGUAGAGAUCAAGAUAGCCACAUCCACCUUCACUGGAGGUGUAACUGAAGAGAACCAUCGGAUAAGAGGGGGCCAAUCCUGGAGUCAGGCAUCAGCUGUAUCGCAAAGAACUUGUAAAUCCAGAAAGCUGUUUCUCCCUCUCACCUGUAGUAGAACAUCUUGUGUUGAUGUUUGUUGCAUUUAAUUGCUUGAGCAAAGAGGUGUGGUCAGGAACAUUGCCACCUAGGCCUGGUAUAGCAUUUUCCAUCAGUAGAUCUCAAAGGAGAUCAGAUCAGUAUCACUAUCCUUGUUGUUUACAUGUUGGGAAGCCAGAAUCCAGAAGUGAAGCAACUUGUGUGAGGUCACUGAGAAGGUGAAUAGCGGAGCCAGGAGUAGAACCCAGUCCCAGUCCAGCUCUAUAGCAGCACUGACCCUGUAAUAGUAUCAGAAGUGUAGCUUUGAAUUUCCAGCUUGCCAGUUCCACACAGUGAAAAUCAGAUCAACCACCUGUGGCUCAACAGUGCCAUCUGCUGGCCGGACUGACUGGCUAAUGGUCUGUUCAUUCCUGAGCAGGGCUGGUUCCCGUAAAAUGAGCAGGCUACUUGCUGAUCCAGCUGACUUGCUGUUAAACUUCAAGCAAGAGAAUGCCUCUGUGCUUGCUCAACUACAGAGCAAUGCAGGACAAACUGAAGCCUGUCAACUCCGUGACCUUCUCUUGCCAUAUGGCACUGGAGCUUCCUAUACACUGAAAUUUGGGCCUGACUUGCACCUGCAUUAUUUUACUGCCUAUUUAUGUCCUUGGGCCAUAUAUUUGAUUACCCUACAAGUUAAGGUGUGCAGCUGUGUUCACCUUCUUAGCAACAGAAAAGAUAGCUUCUUUUAAGUAAGAAUAAACAUGGUUAAUAGGGAAAUGUUUUCUUUUUAAAUAUUAACUUUUACUACUGAAAAAAUGCCCCCUUACCUUUGUAACCCAAUGUUUUCCUUAUGUACCAAGCCUCAGCUUGUACCAGGGAUCAAAAGACCAAAUUCCAGCCUAGAUUCCGUCUUUCCCUGUACAGUCGCAUACAUCUUGGUCCAUUGUAGGAUUUGGAUGACUGUUCCUUUGUCCCUCUGUGAAACCAGCCUUGUCUGGAAUGAGGGCAGGUGGCAAAUCCUGUGCUGUUGAAAUCCAUUAGCAAACUGGAGAGAAUCAAAAGUAAACAUUUAUUUAAAAAAGAAAAAAGCUCUAGCAAACCAAUCUUCCCAUUAGGAGUUUAAAUUUAAUUAAUAAGUCUUUCUUUUGGAAACUGGAGGUGGCACAUGCUUCAUGCUGUCCCUAGCCCUGGUGAGGAAGCAGCUGUCUACUGCAUUUCAAUUUAAGUAACUUUACUUCUGAAUUCUCACUUGUGUUGGUUCCAUUUUGAGUGUUGUGCUUAAUAGUGUUGUAACCUUUUAUUGGAUCUUAUCCUUUAGUAUGGCAGCUGCUUCUGGGAGUUUGGAAAGUCCUUUCUGGCUAUCAGGUUCUGGAAAUAGUGGAGUGGUGUAAUGAAUUAAAAAGCAAGUAGGGCACUUUGUGCAUUUAAAAAAAUAAUUUUAAAAGUACUACAGAACACACUAUGUUAGAAGGGAGGAAUAGGUUGCAAUCAGACCUAAACAGGUUACAGGGGUGGGCGGAUGAGAACAGGUUGGGUUUCAGCACUGACAAGUACAAAGUGCUGCACCUGGGGGGGGAGAACCAGCAGCAUACCUCCAGGCUGGGGAGCUCCCUUCUUGUCAGUGCAGAGGUAGAAAAGGAUCUUGGAGUCGUUAUUGAUGCCAAAAUGACCAUAGGUCGACAGUGUGGGGACGCUGUCAGGAAGGCCAGCCGCACUUUGUCAUGCAUCCACAGAUGCAUCUCGAGCAGGUCCAAGGAGGUGAUCCUCCCCCUCUGUGUGACAUUGGUCAGGCUGCAGUUGGAGUACUGUGUCCAGUUCUGGGUGCCGCACUUCAGGAGGGAUGUGGACAACAUUGAGAGGGUCCAGAGGAGGUCCACCCACAUGAUCAGGGGGCAGCAGGGCAGACCCUACGAGGACAGGCUACAGGACCUGAACCUGUUCAGCCUCCACAAGAGAAGGCUGAGGGGGGAUCUAGUGGCCGUUUUACAAACUAGUCAGAGGGGACCAGCAGGCAUUGGGGGAGUCCCUGUUCCCCCGAGCACUACCAGGAGUGACUAGAAAUAACGGUCACAAGCUGGCAAAGGGUAGAUUCAGACUAGAUAUCAGGAGGCACUACUUCACAGUCAGGGCGGCUAGGAUCUGGAACCAACUUCCAAGAGAAGUGGUGCUGGCUCCUACCCUGGGGGUCUUUAAGAGGAGGCUGGAUGAACACCUCGCCGGGGUUGUUUGACCCCAGUACUCUUUCCUGCCAUGACCGGGGGUCGAACUUGAUGAUGUGCUCAGGUCCCUUCCGACCCUACCAGCUAUGAAACACUGCACUUUCCUACUGAAUGCCUUUGCCUAGAUUAAUGUGUCCACAGAAAUGGACAUAUUAAAUCAGGCAAGGUUUUUCUCUUACAGUUUGGGGGGGGGGGAAGUAGUUCACCCCUUACGCUGAAAAUUGGACAUAGAUCCUGGAUGAAGCCAUGAUUCCAAACAGAGAAUUAUUGCUUUUCUGUUACAUGCUUAUUCACCCUGUUGGAACAGAAGAUUAGUGCCAAAGAGUAAAAGGCAAAGAAAUGUUUUGUUUAUUGCUUUCCAUUAGUAUUUUAGUGCCCCCAAAGUCUGUUGUUUGGCUGUAGCCUUGAAGAGGUUAUAAGCUAGUGUGACUUGCCAUUGCAAAUGUUAGCAAGCAAUUGACAGACUGUAGAGUGAGAAAAUACAGGAGCCCAGCAACAGGAUUGUAUAGCAACUGCUGAUCAUUCUGGAUCAUGGUAUAUGCAUGAGAGGUCACCCAGACCUUCAAACAUAUAUGCCUCAGCAGGAAUCUUGGAGGAGUGGAGGCUGCCUCGACCUUCCAUCCCUCCUUUAGGCUACUGAGACAAAAUCCAAAGGCCAGACAUUUAGUACCUCCAUGGCUGUACUUAUAUAAGCAUCCAGGAAUCAAACCCACAUCUCCUGUGUGGCAGACAAGGAUUCUACCACAACAGGAUUAUAUGAUUGCUAUAAUCAUUAACUUAGUCUUCCUUAAGAUACUCUACUAGUAUCUAAUGUUACUUAUAUUUAGAAGCCAAUUUUCUUCUCCCAGGGCAUGCAUGCAUGUGCACACAUUCAAAUCUUGAUCUGUAGAAAAAAAAUUUAAAACCCUACAAAAUUGGUGUAUUUAUUAGAUACUGAGUCAAGUGUUAGUUGGCUAGCUGACUGCUGUUCAAGCAUGCAGAUCCCUUCUUCUCCACCCCCAUCACAUCUGACAUUCUUUUCUAAUUCAGUGUCAGCGGAGGAACAGAAGGGUUUUUUGCCUUGAAGGGGGUGUUGACCAUAGGGAGUGUAGGGUUAGCCCCUGCUGUGUUGUGCUUUUUCAUGCCAGGAAUUCCCAAUAGCUAGCAUCAUAUUUUGAACCUAAAGCUGUCUUAAAGCCUCAUGGAUAACCUCUUUCUGGAAUGGAUAUAAAAGUAAAACAUUUCUGUGUGCUUCUUCCUGUCCUUUAAAAUAUUUGCUGCCAGAAAACAUACAGUAGAGGACUGGAAGAUACUUCCAGGGUAAAUUCUGAGAUCCACAGGUCUUGAAAGCACCACCCUACACACAAGAUCUUACUGGAAUUUCUCUGCUUAUCCCAAAUGGGGUUUGACCACAGCUCUUGGGAAGAGAAGUAACCACCUGACCUGUUGCUUUGCUGCAGUGUGGGAUGUACUCUGGAGUAAGCUGCGUUCCAGCUCACUGUGGAAAAUGUGCUCCUGCUUCAGCUUAUUGGAUUUCCCAUGUGUAAUUUUUAGUGUUUCCAGGCAUUGCAUUUGAUCUCCACUCAGUACAAUAAAUUUGUCUUAAUUUAUAAGAUAAGAUAUUUCCCAAAUAAGUUCAGUUUGGACAAGGUCUCUCCUCUUUGAGAACCUUAUUCUAUGGGAGCAAAUGAAGUUUAACUAAAAUGUUCUCACUACAGGGGUGGCUAAGCACUGAAACAUAAUGUGGAGAGACUGUGGAGUCUCCAUCAUUUGCAAGUUUAAGAAGUUAGAAGAGCACUUGCAUGAGAUGGUUUAGACGGGAAUGAUCCUGUCUUGAGCAGGGUGUUGGACUGACUGAUCGCUUGGGGUACCUUCCAGCCCUGUUUUACUAUGAUUCUGUUGUUAUGCUGCUCAUGUCAAUAUGUUAAUGGAUAAUAUAACUAGCUUUUUCACAACUGGGGAUCAGGCUUAAAAUGAGAAUGUAAACCUAGUUGCCAUUUGGCCACAUUUUUUAAACUGUUGCCCAUUUGAAUCUUAUCAGGCCCCAGAUGAACUGACAAUGGGGCUUGUGAGAAAUCAUCCAUUUUGUCCUAAUGUGUAGUAUUCUUGGUUUUUGCCAGUGCUCUUUUUCACUUUUAUGAGCCUUCACUAUUAAAUCUACUGCCUGGUAUGAUUAUGUAUGGAGAGCAUUUCUGUUAUAUAGCACAGUGUAUAUAAGUUGGUAUAUACAGUACGUUGUUUUAUAUAAGCAGAGCAAUGCAAAUCUACUGUAGCUACUGAUAUAUUGCAAUUUAUCUGGAAGUAUUCAUUUGACAUUUGUGUUUCUAUACAGAUUUCAUUUUGUGGGUGGCUGGGCUGAUCAGGUGUUAAUUGAUCAGAGAGUACUCAGCCCUAUGCAAAUCAUUCAAAUCUACCAACAUGCAACAAAAUAAAAGCAAAUAAAAAGUGUACAGUGGCAUGUAGCAUUCUGAGUGACUAUGUAGGAGCAAUUGUAUUCACCUGCUUGGUAUUUUUAUAGCUAGAGAGUUGGAAAUAAAGCCAUUUGACAGCAGGUAAAGGGCAGCUGAAAUCAACCAAAACUGUACUAAAGAUAUGCAUUCAUCCCAAAAAUUAAUAGUGUAAUGUGAAAUGUAGAUUAGCUCAUUUUAUUUGUGGAUUACCUUUUCAUCCCAUUUCCUGUAACUACAGCACACUAAGUUUAAGAUGACUGGCACACACAAGCGUUUCCUAAGCCGCACAGAAUGCACCUUUUUUUCCUUCCCUCACCCCUUUUUUUUUACCAGCUUCUCGGCAAGUGUCUAUGGCCUGACACUUCCAUUCUGUUUAGGUCAGCGGUCUAGAAAGUCACGGUGUAAAUAAAUGUCUUCUGGUUUUUUAAACUUGUCUGUGUAUCUACAUAAAUAUCUUGUCUCCUUUCACCAUUUACUUACCAGCAGACUUUGAUAGUAUGACAGCUGAUUUUAGUCCACUGAUAGUGUCUCACAAGCAGAGAUUCAUGGUUUACUGCUCUCACAAUCAGUUUAUAUAUUCCUUGACAUUUUCCUGUGUACUUUCCUUACUGUGCUUAUCCAUGCAAACUUCCUUGCAUUAUCUUUCAGUGUAUGCUUUGAAGCUUAUAGUUUCAGAGAGAUGGAGAAGUGGUGUCUAUACUGUAGGUUUGAUCCUGUGUGGAUGGAUUUCUUUGCAAAUUGUCCAUGUGGGGUUGAGCUGCUUCAUUCACUCACAUUCUCUCCUGUGUCAGAUGUUGAUGAACACACAGUCCUAGUCCCCAGCUGUCUAAAUGUUUUUCUUUCUGGAACAGGAAUUCUCUUGGCAACUGAGCCUGGAAAAUCCUCACUCCUUAAGUUUUAGAAGGAGACACACAUUUUUAUAGUUGUUAAUUGUAUAUUUAAAGCAACCAUCUUUCCUGCAGCUUCUCCAAGUUUAUUUUCCCUUUGCAGCUCAGAUUUGAUACAAAAAAGAUUUUUCCAUGUUUAUUUACCUUUUUUGGUUCUGUUUUUAGACGUUUAAUCUUAAAGCUUUGGUGUACUGUACAGGGACAGUCUGUCUUUGUAAUUACUGUAUAAAUGCUUUAUUAUAAAAAGUAUAUUACUUUUAUUUUAACAAAUGAGCAGACACUGUCUUUUAUGUGUUUGCUGCCUUGGGCACCUUUUACAAAGACUGUUACAUAUAAAAAAUAGUGCAGGGGGGUGUGUGUGUACAUAUAAUAUAUAUACAUAAAAAAUUUGCCUUUUUUUUGCUGUACAGUUGUGAUAGACCAGACUGAUUUUAUUUUUUUGUGUGCUUUUUUUUACAAAAUAUUAAUACACUAAAGGAAAUCUUGAUGUGAUUGUAAUGUACCCAUGUAACUUAUUUACUUAAUGUCCCUCUGUAUCUUUUUAAACCUUUUAUUAAAUAAGGUUUAAAAAUGA